AUGUCUCCUAUUGUUGGUAUUGCCUUUGGUAACACCACAUCUUCCAUUGCUUACGUUAAUCCAAAGAACGAUGUGGAUGUGAUUGCAAACCCUGACGGUGAGCGGACCAUCCCUUCCGUGUUGUCCUACGUUGGAGAGGACGAAUACCAUGGUGGACAGGCUCUUCAACAAAUUGUGAGAAAUCCAAAGAACACUAUUGUCAACUUUCGUGACUUUUUAGGUCUAUCGUAUUCCGAGUGCGAUUUGUCUAAGUGCACCACGGGUGCCCCCGUCGUUGAAAUUGGAGGCAAAGCCGGUUUUGUCGUUACAAGAGCUGACGGCAGACAAGAACAACUUACUGUUGACGAGGUUGUGUCGAGGCACUUGAACCAGCUGAAACGUGCCGCCGAAGACUACAUCGGCCAAGAGCUAUCAGAGACCGUCAUCAGCGUGCCAACCAACUUCACCGAUGCUCAGAAAGACGCUUUGCGCGCUUGCGCCAAGAAAAUCGGUCUGAACAUCAUCCAGCUUAUCAAUGAGCCUUCGGCGGCUUUACUUGCACACACCGAAGCUUUUCCUUUCAAAGACGACUGCAACGUGGUGGUGGCUGACUUUGGUGGUGUCAGAUCUGACGCCGCUGUCAUUGCCAUUCGUAAUGGUAUCUUUACUUUAUUAGCUACUUCUCACGACUCUAAACUUGGUGGAGACAGCCUGGAUGCCGAACUCGUGGAGUUCUACGCCAAGGACUUCGAAAAAAAGACUAAGUCCAACCCCAGAACCAAUGCCAAAUCCAUGGCCAAGCUAAGAGCUAAUGCCGAGCUCACUAAGAAAACUCUAUCCAACGUGACUACUGCCACCAUCUCUAUCGAUUCUCUAGCCGAUGGCUUCGAUUACCACACAUCAAUCAACAGACUGAGAUAUGAACUCGUUGCCAAUAAGGUCCUAAGCAAGUUCGCUCAAUUCAUUGAAGGUGUUAUCGCCAAGGCAGAGUUAGAUCCCCUAGACAUCAAUGGUGUUGUGCUUUGUGGUGGUUCCUCAUUCACACCAAAAUUAAGCUCCAACUUGGAAUACCUGCUUCCAGAGUCGGUCGCCAUCUUGGGCCCACAAUCUAAAGAAGCUUCUAACAAUCCCAACGAGCUUUUGGCCUGUGGUGCUGCGUUACAAGCCCAAUUAUUGUCUAAUUACGAUGCAGAUGAGCUGGCUCAAGCUUUGGAACCAGUUGUCAUCAACACUCAACACAUUAAGAAGGCCAUUGGUCUAGUUGACGCUGAGGGUAACUUCGUGCCAGUGUUGCUACCUGAAACUUCCUUUCCAGUCAAGAAGAAUCUGACACUCAAGAAUGCUAAGGGCGACUUUCUUGUUGGUGUCUACGAAGGGGACCACCACAUCAAGGAAACUGUUGCUGAACCCGCUGCCAAGGAGGCUGACGAUGACGAAAGCGAUUGGUCUGACGAAGACGAUGAGCCCGAAAUUCUCAGAGAGAAGCUUUAUACUUUGGGCACCAAACUCAUGGAGCUUGGUGUGAAGGGAGCCCAGGGUUUGGAAAUCUCUUUCAACCUGAACGGCGCUGGUGCACUAAGAGUUACUGCUCGCGACCUCAAGACUGGACAAAUUGUCAAAGGCGAUUUGUAA